GCGGUUCUUGUCGUGUUUUCGGCAUCUCCUCACUUGUGUGUGGAUCUGUGUCUCAUGUGGACGCGUUCUGUGCCGGUUGCUUCCAGCUAUGUAACGUCUUUCGGCAAAAUAUGGAGAUCGACCAGUGUCUGCUGGAGUCUCUCCCAAUUGGUCAGCGGCAGCGGCUGGUCAGACGGAUGCGCUGUGACCAAAUCAGAGCCUACUACGAACGGGAGAAGAACUUACAGCGCCAGCAGGGGACAAACAAGGCACGAGUACUACCUAACCACAAGAAGAAACACCACGUUCGCUUUGGGCUCACUGACAUUCUGCAAGAUGCCAUAAUCCGCCAUGAUGACAACGACGUGCUGCGACUUUUGAAGGAGGGAACUGACAUCAACACAACAACAGCGUCUGGAGGAUCAUUACUACACCUGUGUGCUCGCCAUGACAACGUGUUUGCGGCUGAGCUCUUGAUUGAGCGUGGACUGAACGUGAACCUGCAGGACGAGGACCAAUGGACCGCUCUGCAUGUGGCCUGUGUGUGUGACCAUGCUGAUGUGGUGCUGCUGCUGCUCCUGGCCGGUGUCAAUGUGCUGCUGCAGGAUGUGAGCGGAAACAUACCUCUGGACUACACCUCCGAAGGCUCCGAAACCAACUACAUCCUCCGCAAAUACCUGGAAGAAAAUGGUGUGGACAUGUCAUCUAUGCACACUAUGAAAACGCAGAGAGCUGUCACCAUGUUGUCAGAUGUCAGGCAGCUUGUUGCUUCAGGAGGAGGCCUCAACCAGUCCAAUGACGAUGGGGUCACACUGCUCCAUAUAGCAUGUGCCAGUGGUUACAGAGAAGUGGUCGCAGUGCUGUUAGAAAAUGGUGCAGACCUCCUCUCUGCAGACAGUCAUGGCUGGACCCCUCUCCACUUAGCCGCUAAAUAUGGACAGACAAGCAUCGUUAACCGGCUGUUGAAACACAGAGCAGACCCUACACUUUUAAACUCCAACCAAGACAAGCCCUCAGAUAUCGCUGCAUCUCAGCCCAUAGCUGAAAUGCUUCUGAAUGCAGAGGAAAACUGGUUACAGAGACUAAAAGACCCAUCAUCCCCUCUGCCCUCAACUAACCAACAGUAUGAAGGAGCACUGCAGGACCUCAACACCCCUGUUAAGAACUUGAAUCCUUUUGGUGUAUCCAUCUCUAAAAGGGACAGUUUUAUGGAGAAGUGUGCAAUGUUUCGUGAGGCAGGUGGAGGCUUGACUCGACAGCCCUCUCAAGACAAUGGCCUUGACAGUCCAUUCAGCUCUGGAGCUAGCAAACUGGAACAGGUCAAACUGAUGCCUCCAGCUCCCAAUGAUGACCUGGCAUCUCUGAGUGAGCUCACCGACAGCAGUCUCCUCUACGAGAUGCAGAAACGCUUCGGCAACGACCAAAUCUAUACGUACAUUGGACACAUUCUUCUUCUUGUGAACCCAAAUAAAGAAUUGCCUAUUUAUUCCACUUUGGUGAGUCAGUUGUAUCUGAGCUCGACGGGGCGCCUCUGCUCGUCUUUACCUCCACACAUCUUCUCCUCAGCAGAGAGGGCAUACCACAUGAUGCUGCAGGAGAGGCGCCCUCAAUGUUUUAUAUUAAGUGGAGAGAGUGGUUCUGGGAAGACAGAAGUUUGUAAGCACAUCGUGAGGCACCUGAGUGCUCGCUCCAGCUCUAAGGGGUUUACACUGGACUCCAGGAUGAAACAUGUAAACUCUGUACUGGAAGCUUUUGGUCAUGCUAAAACACAGCAAAACAGGAACUCCAGCCGCUUCAUUAAGCUUUUGAACAUUCAAUACUGUGAAAAGAGUAGGACAAUAAUCAGAGCGCGAGUGCUCACGUACAUGCUGGAGAAGUCUCGUCUGGUCCAUAUGGCUCCUCAGCAACACAACUUCACUAUUUUCUAUCUGAUGGCUGAGGGCCUAUCAGCGGAGGAGAAGAGUACACUUUACCUCAACAAUGUUCUGGCUCACAGGUAUCUUAGGGGACUUGCUCCUGGGGAAAACCCUCCAGUUGCUACAUCCUCAACACAAAGUAAAGAACGUCUUUCAGCUGUGAAGCAAGCUCUCCGAGCACUAGGCUUCAGCAAGCAGGAGGUGGAGUCUGUGUUAUCGCUGUUGGCCGCUGUUCUGCACUUGGGAGAUGUGCACUUCAAAGCUGUGACAGAUGCAGAUACAGCAGUCCCGUCGGACUUGCCGCUACUGGACAGGGUUGCUGGAAUGCUGCAGGUGUGCUCCAAUGACUUGAGUACCGCCCUCACCUCUGAUGUUCAAUACUUCAAAGGUGAUGUAAUCACUCGGCGUCACACAGUUGAAAUAUCAGAGCAGUACAGAGACCAACUGGCCAAGGCCAUCUACGGACGCCUCUUCGGUUAUCUGGUCAACUGUAUCAAUGACUACCUACAGGGCCAGGAGGACAGCACUGAUAAUCCUGCUCUAGAAAUCAGCAUCUUGGACAUUUUUGGUUAUGAAGAUCUUCAGCGAAAUGGCUUUGAGCAGCUUUGUGUGAACAUGACCAAUCAGCGUCUGAGGCAGUACGUCUCAGAGGUGCUAUUCCAGCAGGAACAGGCCGAGUGUCAGCAGGAGGGCAUCGCCACAGAAACACCCUGCUCCCCUAGCAACCAGCCCGCUGUCCUCGACUUCUUUCUGCAGAAGCCUCAGGGGCUGUUGUGGAUGUUAGACGAGGAGAGUCAGAGCUUGCGGCCGGCAGAGCAGACUCUGUACAAAAGGCUGUCUGCCCAGCUGGACUCCAGUCCCACACAUGGGCUCUUUCUCACUACUAAAGAUGGCAAUGGAAACCCCCCUCCGAAAGACCAGGGCCCCGCCUUCACUGUGAAACACUACGCUGGACAGGUUUCGUAUGACCUCACUGGAUCCUUAACCAGAAACAAGGACUCUCUUCCUCAGAAUCUCUUGUUUACAAUGAAGUCCAGUGAGAGUGUCUUAGUACAGCAGCUCUUCCAGUCCAAGUUGACGCAGACGGGGUCCUUGGUCCCAGCCGCACAGGGGCAUGUGGGCCUGAGGGGCUCCAGAGCGGCCCUUUUGCUCCAUAAGACGCCCUCAGCUCAUGUAGUGUCCACCUGUAGUGUCCACCAACAGCCCCGGAGAUAUCAUGACCUUAGCAAGAUGCUGAAGAAGAAAGGAUCAAGCUCAUUUCUCCAGAGGCUUGAGCGCUGUGGGCCCAUCACAGUGGCUGUCCAGAUGAGGAAUUCCCUGUCAGAGCUGAUCAGUAAGCUGCAGUCUUGUACUCCUCAUUUUGUGGAGUGUGUCCGCCCCAACGCCAGUGGUCAGCCAGACACCUUUGACAGCCUUCAUGUGUCCGCCCAGCUGCAGUACAUUGGGGUGCUGGAGAUGGUGCGCAUGAUCCGCUACGGCUACCCUGUCCGCAUGUCUUUCCUGGGCUUUCUUAGCAGAUAUAAAGACCUUGUUAUUCCCACUAUGGGCGACAAGAAGAAGCUGUCCGCAGAGGAGAGAUGCCGCGCGGUCCUUCAGCAGUGCAAACUCCAAGGAUGGCAGAUGGGCAGCAGUAAAGUUUUCCUGAGAUACUGGCAAGCGGAUCAGCUGAAUGAUCGCUGCUACCACUUUCAAAAGAAGAUAAUUACAUGCCAAAAAGUUGUUCGAGGUUGGCUUGCCAGACGCCGGGCUCACAAACGACUACUUCUACUUCAAACAGAGGAGCGCACACUGCAGCAAUUCCUCCAGGGGGCAGAAGACAUGGGGCUUCGAACCUAUGACCAGUUGGUAAUCCAAAAUGCUGCUGAUAUUUCUCGUGAGAGUGACCGCCUUCGCUGCUAUGGCAACGGUGUGGUCAGUGCACUCAGCAGCAGCCCGCCCCUAGGAGAGAGGCCUGAGCCUGUGGGCAAGGAGGAGGAGCAACCUGUGCGCAGAAUGGUUGAAAAAAGUGGAAAAGUCUCAGAAGGUUCCAUCAAUGGGGGAACACGAGUCAUACGCCACUUUCGUUCCAGUUCUGUGCCAAUCCCCCUCGCCAUGGAGAUACACUCCAGCAGCCCCCCCAUCAAACCGGCGCUGCAGCAGGUAGUGCACCCUACCGAGGAUGUAGCGGGCAGCACAGGACUGUCCUCUCCGCGUAAACAGCCCCCUCCCAAACCAAAGAGGGACCCCAACACCCGCCUGAGUGCUUCAUAUGAAGCAGUGAGUGCAGGGCUGUCCAUGUCAGCCAAAGAGAGCCCCACUCCAGAGGGAUACGCUUCACCAGCUGGAAGCCCCCCCAAAUCCCAGCUGUCCCCCACAGACCCCUCAGCCAAGCCCCGCCCUCACAGCGACGACUACACCACUAUGAGGAAAGUGCCACCACCGAAACCUAAGCGCAGUCCCAACACUAAGCUCUCGGGGUCUUAUGAGGAGAUCAAUGCGGUGGCCCCUCAACUCCAACAGCUGCGGCCGGCCGAUGUGAAGCUGGCCCUGCUCUCCCGUGCUGGGGGCUUUGGUGGCUUGAUGCAGAAAGCGGCCUCCUUAGACGCUCCACAGGGUGUUCCUCUGAGCCUUUUCCACUGCCAGGACGAAGAGGACGUGUACAUAGAGAUGUUUGGGUCCCACUCCCGGUCCAGGAGUCUCCAGGAGCCCCCAGACAGCCCUGAUCUGAAUGACUCAGAGGCUGUGUAUGAGGAGAUGAAAUAUGUUCUACCUGAUGAUGGUGGACCACCUGCCCCUGUUAUGAAAAAAGCUGCCAAAAUUGAGGCCCUUAGUUUGGGACUUGUGGGAUUAAGUACGUCACUUCCUCAAACAGGUGAAAGCAGGCGCACUGGCGCAGUGCUCAGCACCGUGGAACCUGCUCCACCUCAGUCAGCUUCUAACAGUGGACUGUCAAUGGCACAACAUGCCAAAGACGGCAGCUGUGACAUCCCUGCCCCCUUCCCCAACCUCCUCCCUCACCGCCCGCCCCUCCUGGUGUUCCCACCCUCCCCUGUUACCUGCUCCCCAGCCUCUGAUGAAUCACCUUUGACCCCACUUGAAGUCAAGAAGCUUCCUGUUUUUGAGACUAACUUAAACUAUGCCACCGGUCCAGACAGCCCCCUUUCUCCUCAGUAUUCACGCCAGCGGGCUGACUCCUCUCCGAGCCUCACCGUCCUGAUGUCAGAAAAGAAACCCACUCCUCCGCUCACCCCACCUCCUCCACCUCCUCCCCCCGCAGUACCCCCGCCUCCUUACAGACCACCUCCAUCACACUUCCCCUUUCCCCCUGAUGCAAGUUUUCUGUCUUUGACGCGAGCCUCAUCUCUAAGUUCAGACUCUCCUAAAAAUGUAGUAUCACAAAGGACAGGUGUGGAGCCCCAGGGGAAACCGCCGCCCUAUUCACCUGUCAAAGCGUCUCGUCCGGAGCCUAGGAGGGCGCACUCAUGUUCCUCCUCUCCCCUCCUCUUCAACCCAGCCAACGGUAGACCCCUUACCAGCCCACUAGAUGAACUCAAUACACUGUUCAGCUCUGGCCGCAGCCUGCUGAAGAAGUCCACUCCUGGCCGCAAGAUGAGAGAUGGAGGAUUCAACUCGAACAUCAAUCUGCCAGGACGAGAAGAAUAUGGCUCUGCCCCCACCUCACCUUCUCCUCAACUGCAAGACAAAAACGCCAACAACCACACACCCCACUCCACCACCCCCGCGCCAAUGGAGAAUGGCAACCAGAUUUCAAACGGGUCGUUAGAAGAAGAGACUCACAGCAAAUCCAACUCCUCCAGCACGCUGCACCGGCACAUGGACAGUCACCAUACACAGAUGUUCCAACGCCUGCAUUUGACUGGCGGCCAUGAGUGCGCUGCCCUCGGGGAACUCCUGCGGUUGCGGCGAAUGCAGUGUGAGGGGCGGGGCUACUGGAAGCCACGCCCACCUCAGUCCCCUCCCCUGCCCCCCACGCUGCUUUGGACCAACAGGAAGGCCUCAUCAUGAGAUUCCUGGUAGAACUAUAAUAAUAUGGACCAAGUAACUCUGAUGUCAGCCCCCAAUCAAACUUGUGCACAUUAUACAGUACACCAUGGUCUUCGAAAGUAAAUGUGAUACAGGCUAGUAUUUACUGUAUAAUACUUUAAAAAGGUCAGGAAAAACAGGGGCCAUCUUCUUGCCUUUGGGUGCUCUGGGUUGUUUGGAUGUUUUGGUAGUUUUCUUUGGAGUUCAAGGGUUGUAAAAGUAAAAUAUUUAGGUCCCCUUCUGGUUGCUGUCAUGUUCUACCUGCUGCUCACCGUGGAAGUCCACUCGAAACAUGGUGCUGCUGAUAAUACUUGACGUGCUGUUCCAUGAUGUGUCUCUGUGCACCUGUCGAGGCUUGGAUCACUCUCAAGUUUAUAAGUGAACCAUCGCCUUUCAAAGCUCGACUUACACAUGGGACCCUCUCACCUGUUCAGGGACACUACUCUUACAACUUUGGGCUCUGUAAGUGCUACUGCUGCCCCGGCAACACGCACCCAGGGUCAGGCUAACCUCAGUACAAUCCGAUGGUGCACUUCUGCUCCCAUUGUCACCACCAGCCUUUGAGGAACAAACAAAAACCUGUGGCCAACACCUGCACUUACCUUUACUAUGAAAGGACUUUGGCUCAAUGGAUGUACUGCAGUCAUUUUGUGUUGUAUACUUUGAACACACUUGAAAAACAGACUAAGCUGACGAUGCUAUUUGACCUUUUUAAUGUUUUGUGCCCAAUCAUGCAAAAUGGUGCAUGUGCCAUCAGGAAGAAGGGGAUCUGUAAGUGAGUGGUAAAAGCAGAAGUCUGUUUGUGAAUAUGCGGUUUAAGUACCCUAUAUUGUGUAUUAUUAUUAUUAUUAUGCAUUACAGAACAAAACAAAGUGAAAAAUGGAAACUGCUCAUCCAACGAAUGACUUAUUUAAGUUACAAAGAAAAAAACUAUGUGCCAAAGGUAAAGAUGCGCCUGAAAGUACAUUUUUCAGGCACAUACAAGAAAAAUACAGUAAUGUCAAAGUCCAGUGGCCAGAGCAGCUGUAAUAUUCUCAGACAGUAUGUUUACGUACUGUAUAAAUGACCAAAUCUGAGCUUAUAGUGCUGUUUACUAUUGACUCAGUUGUCUAUGUAAAUAUGUUGAAAGGAAGAUACACAGUCUGGUCUUGAGCCCAGAUGAACUCAAUUAUUGUACAGCUGUCCACCACAGUGGGUGUGUCCCCCUCUCUGUCCUCUGUCUCCCCUCCUGUCCCUUCAUCUUUACCCAAAGUAACCUCAACAAACAGACCCAUGUGGUCCCAGCCCUUUCUCCCCCUCCUGUGGGUCAUGGGCGUUUCUAUGGAAACAGCUCUGUAAAUAGUGAUGUGAUGAGUUGUACCUUUACUGUAAGGACGAACACAGGGUUUGGGCUGAUGCCAGGGAGCGGGGGGAUUGUCAGAUUUAAGAAUGUCUUGGGUUCGAUGCAAUGGCUGAGGAAAAGAAGAGGUUUAUUUUAAAAUGUGAAUAUCUUUUUUCUGAAUGAUUGUUUAAGGCUAUGAAAUGGUUUAUAUACUAUUUAAUAUUAUGUUAUUUUUCCUGAUGUUUCGCUGCUAUGAUGCAAAGCAGACAAGUUCAUUGUAUAUGGAUGUUCUAUUGCACACUGUUUUGUAUUGUUGUGUCUAUAACGGGCCGGGUGUGUCUGGACAAACUGUUUGAUCUUUGGAGAUUGGAUCAGAAUUGUUAGAGCCACAAAGUAUCAAUAGCUGCGAUUGAUUUCUCAUUCCCACUGAUCACCCACAAUGUGUCUGAUUGAUUCAGUCUUACAAAUUAGCAGUGCCAUCAGAGAUCGAUCUCAAGUUGUUGUUGGUGCGUGAAGAUGCACAAAAUGUCCUGAAACCACUCAGACCACUGGCAUUCACACACAAUGGAAACAGAGCAGUAUUUUGGACUGAUUAGGCGAAUGUAUGCAAUGCCUUGCACUGAAAAUCAUAUGGUACUGAAAAAAUGCAAAGUGUGCAGGACUGCUUAAUGUAAUAAAUGUUAGGGAUAUGUAUGCAGUUCUAUUUUUAAGCAAGAAAUGAAGCCUUUGUGUUGUAUUUUAAUAGAUAUUCAUUAUCUUACGUAUUGGGGAUGUAGAUCAAGUACUACAACCCUUAUGUUGGACGUUUUAUUGUUCAGAAUCCUUUCCAUUUUAAGCUGUAUUCAUAAGAAUAAGUUGAGAAGAUUAAACAAAGGCAUGCCAAGCUCUAUAUUAUACUGUAUUUUCAAUCCAGUGUGUCACAUCUCAUUUCUAAAUGCCACUCACAUCCUGUCCACAACACACCCAGCACCGACUGGUGGUCGUCUUCUUACCAAUUUUUGUCAGGAAUCUAUACUAAACAAAGUGUGAUUGUCUGUUGUUAGUACCUCAACAUGGGUACUUCACUGCCUUUCAGAAUUAUUUUAUUCUAUUUUUUUUUUUACAUAUCGACUACGUGCAUAUAUAAUAUGGGUCAGAAAAGAUCUUUCAUAAUGAUAAUGUUUCCCACUGUUUUAAGUACUGUACAUGUACAGCAAUA